UCAACCUCCCCUUCAAAAUAAUAGCCCACCAUUCACCAUGCCUAUGCCAGCACAGCUCCGCAAGCGGUCUGAGAUCUACGACAAGAACAUCAACAAACGCGGCAGCGUGAAGAAGUCGCUGAACCCGGAGAAGGAGCAGAAGAUCGAGGCCGAGCGGCUGCGCAAGAAGGGCCUGGGCAGUGGCAUGCCCGGCCCAGCUGCCGGCAGCCGUAAGCUGGUAAUUGCGCUGCUGGUGCUGACCCUGGGUAGCGUACUGUACCAGGUGUUCUCGCCGUGGUUCGGCAAAUCUAGCACGAGUGUGAAGAGCACCAAGCCCAAGACAUCGCUGACGCCCGAACAGCAGGCCAAGGCAGCCGAGGACAUUCUGAGAGCAAUGAAUGACUUUGCGGCCAAGCGACAGAAGGAGGACGCUGAGGCAGAGCAGGAGACGCCUGCGGCCAAGGCGCAGGGCCCGCUGGUCUGAGCGCGCCCGGGCGAGACUACAGCAUACAGCAUUUUAAUUCCCCUUUGCUUGCUCAGCGUUACCAGUAUAUCCCGUUUAAGCAUU